CCCCUGGGCCCCGGCCCGUGCCCCCAACAGUGCCCCGGCCGCAGAGCCUCCACUGCGGCCCGAUGAAUGGAGUCGCCUUCUGCCUGGUCGGGAUCCCGCCGCGUCCGGAGCCCCGGCCCCCCCAGCUUCCCCUGGGCCCACGAGAUGGGUGCUCUUCUCGGCGCCCCCUCCCCUGGCAGGGGCCGAGGACACUGCUGCUGCGCAAAAGUCUCCAGGAUGGCUUUGGCUUUACCCUGCGUCACUUCAUCGUGUACCCACCCGAGUCAGCCGUGCACUGCAGCCUGAAGGAGGAAGAGAAUGGAGGCCGAGGAGGAGGACCCUCCCCCCGGCACCGCCUGGAGCCCAUGGACACCAUCUUUGUGAAGAACGUGAAGGAUGGUGGCCCUGCCCACAGGGCGGGGCUUCGCACAGGAGACCGGCUGGUGAAGGUGAAUGGGGAGAGCGUCAUUGGGAAGACAUACUCCCAGGUCAUAGGUCUGAUCCAGAACAGUGAUGACACCCUGGAGCUCUCCAUCAUGCCCAAGGAUGAGGACAUCCUCCAGCUGGCCUACUCCCAGGAUGCCUACCUGAAGGGCAACGAGCCGUAUUCUGGAGAGGCCCACAGCAUCCCAGAACCACCUCCACUCUGCUACCCACGGAAGUCCUAUGCCCCGCCAACCCGGGCCUCUGCCUGGGCCACUGUGGUGCCUGAGACUACCUCAGCACUGCCCACGGAUCCCCGGAGUCCUGCUGCCUGGAGUGACCCAGGGGCCCGUGUCCCAUCUGCCACCCGUGCCCAACUGGACAGCUCUUUAUUGGGGAUGAGCCAGCCCCGCCCAAGCCCUGGUGCCUUUGCCCACCACCCUUCAGAGUCCCGGACGCCCCGUGCCUUUCCAGAGCCCGGUAGCCGGGUGCUCCCCAGCAGACUGGAGUGCCAGCAGGCUCUGUCCCACUGGCUGUCAAAUCAGAUACCCCGCAGGGCGGGGGAGAGACGGUGCCCAGCCAUGCCACCCCGGGCCCGCAGUGCCUCCCAGGACCGGUUGGAGGAUGUGACUGCCCACCACCCAUGGCCCUGCUCCACCUCCCAGGAUGCCUUGAGCCAGCUGGGCCAGGAGGGUUGGCACCGAGCUCGCUCAGACGAUUACCUGAGCCGGGCUACCCGCUCUGCCGAAGCACUGGGGCCCGGAGCGCUGGUGUCACCUCGCCUUGAGCGCUGUGGUUGGGCUCCCCAGCGUCCGUCUGCCCGAACCUCUGCUUGCCCUUCUCGGGACCUUCCAGGGUCCCAGGCCCCUCCCCCGUCUGGCCUGCAGGGCCUGGAUGACAUUGGGUACAUUGGAUAUCGGAGCUAUAGCCCAUCAUUCCAGCGCCGGACUGGUCUCCUGCAUGCUCUCUCCUUCCGGGACUCACCUUUUGGGGGACUUCCCACCUUCAACUUGGCCCAGUCUCCUGCACCAUUCCCACCAGAGGCCUCUGAACCACCUAGAGUCGUCCGGCCAGAACCUGGCACCCGAACCCUGGAGCCUCCCACAGAGGAUCACCGUGAUGAGGUGGUCCUGAGGCAGAAGCCUCCAACAGGUCGCAAGGUCCAGCUGACCCCGGCAAGGCAGAUGAACCUUGGAUUUGGUGAUGAGUCCCCAGAGCCAGAGACCAGAGGGGAACGGCCAGGCCGGAAGGUGGCCCCUUUGGCCACUACAGAAGACUCCUUGGCUUCCAUUCCCUUCAUUGAUGAACCCACCAGCCCCAGCAUUGACCUCCAAGCCAAGCAUGUCCCUGCCUCUGCAGUGGUCUCCAGUGCCAUGAACUCAGCUCCUGUCCUGGGCACAAGCCCAUCUUCACCAACCUUCACCUUUGCCCUCAGCCGCCAUUACUCCCAGGAUUGCAGCAGUAUCAAGGCAGGCCGUCGCUCCUCCUACCUGCUGGCCAUCACCACAGAACGCUCCAAGUCCUGUGAUGACGGACUCAACACCUUCCGUGACGAGGGCCGAGUGUUCCGGCGCCUUCCCAACCGGGUACCCAGCCUACGAAUGCUACGGAGCUUCUUUACCGAUGGGUCUCUAGAUAGCUGGGGCACCUCGGAAGAUGCUGAGGCCCCCUCUAAGCGACACUCCACCUCCGACCUCUCCGAUGCAACCUUCAGUGACAUCAGGAGAGAAGGCUGGUUGUGUUAUAAGCAGAUCCUCACCAGGAAGGGGAAGAAAGCGGGCGGCGGCCUGCGCCAGUGGAAGCGUGUCUAUGCUGUGCUGCGGGCACGCUCGCUCUCCUGGAGCAAGGAGCGGAGGGAGCCCGGGCCGGCGGCUGCGGGGGCUGCGGCGGCCGGCGCAGGUGAGGACGAGGCGGCGCCCGUCUGCAUCGGCUCCUGCCUGGUGGACAUCUCCUACAGCGAGACCAAGAGGAGGCACGUGUUCCGGCUGACCACCGCUGACUUCUGUGAAUAUCUCUUUCAGGCUGAGGAUCGGGAUGACAUGCUGGGCUGGAUCAGAGCGAUCCGGGAGAACAGCAGGGCCGAGGGCGAGGACCCCGGCUUUGCCAACCAAGCUCUGAUCAGCAAGAAGCUUAAUGAUUAUCGGAAAGUGAGCCAUAGCUCUGGGCCCAAAGCCGAUUCCUCCCCUAAAGGCUCUCGGAGCCUGGGAGGCCUCAAGUCUGAAUUCCUCAAGCAGACUGCAGUCCGCGGCCUCAGAACUCAGGACCAGCCUGCAGGAAGCAAGGAAGACAGUGCUGCAGCUCCCAAAACCCCCUGGGGUAUCAACAUCAUCAAGAAGAACAAGAAGGCUGCCCCAAGGGCAUUUGGGAUCCGGUUGGAAGAGUGCCAGCCUGCCACUGAGAACCAGCGUGUCCCCCUGAUUGUGGCUGCCUGUUGUCGUAUUGUGGAGGCGCGGGGGCUAGAGUCCACUGGCAUCUACCGGGUACCUGGCAACAAUGCAGUGGUGUCUAGCCUGCAGGAGCAGCUCAACCGUGGGCCCAGCGACAUCAACCUGCAGGAUGAGGGCCUGCGGGUGUUGGAGCCCAGACCUCCUGACACCUGUGUGCCCAGUUCUGCCGGCCACCUCUACUGGAACAAGCUCCUGGGGACCCUCUGCAGCCAGUCCCCACUAUCCCUGCUCCUCCAUGACUCCGAUUCCACCCCUGUUCCUCUGCUAAGGACUUGGACGCAUUGCUGUUUUGCCUUGACAAUGUCCUUACCAACGUUGGCCCGAAGACCAGAGCCAGGUUCCGGGGCUCCAUCUGGGUUGAGGAGGGAAAAAUCCCAGGAUCAUUGCUUUGAGCACGACCAUUGUCCUGAGAACCGGCUGCUGUUAAGAACAACUCAACAGCAAAGUCGCAGCCUGUUCACACUGGCUCUGCAGUUCUGCCCACUACUCACCGUCAGUGAAGAGGGGUUCUGGCAGCUUCCGGAAGAAAGCCUUGAGCAGGCUGCUGAUCACAUUGAGGUCCUGCCAGCGCUAAAGGAGGAGCAGAGAGGGCUGGCCCUCACUCUGUCUCGCUCCCAAAGCCCAAGCAGCCACGGAGGCCGCUACCGGUCAUCUGCACUGCACUCCGACUUGCUUCCAGGCGUUUCUUUUUGCUUGUCACUACCUUCCUCUCUUCUGCAGUCAGACUGGUUCUUCAGUGAUGACGAGGACAAAGGAGAGAGAACCCCGGUUGAUGACAAGGAGCCACAGUCGGUGCCCAACAUCGAAUACCUCCUGCCCAACAUUGGCAGGACAGUGCCCCCCAGUGAUCCAGGCUCAGAUUCCACCACCUGUAGUUCAGCCAAGUCCAAGGGUUCCUGGGUCCCCAAGAAAGAACCUUACGCCCGGGAGAUGCUGGCGAUCUCCUUCAUCUCUGCGGUCAACCGCAAACGGAAAAAGCGGCGGGAGGCGCGGGGCCUGGGCAGCAGCACCGAUGAUGACUCCGAGCAGGAGGCACACAAGGCUGCGGCGGGGACGCAGGAGCCACCCGAGGAGCAGCUGCCUGGCCCCGCAGCCGCGGAGGCCCCCGGUCGCCUCAGCCCCCCGACGGCACCCGACGAGCGGCCUGCGGCGGACACGCGCUCCAUCGUCUCGGGCUACUCCACCCUGUCCACCAUGGACCGCAGCGUGUGCUCGGGCACCGGCGGGCGGCGCGCAGGCGCGGGCGACGAGGCGGACGACGAGCGCAGCGAGCUGAGCCACGUGGAGACGGACACGGAGGGCGGCGCGGGCCCCGGGGGGCGCCUGGCGCGCCGGCCGUCCUUCAGCUCUCACCACCUUAUGCCGUGCGACACGCUGGCGCGCCGUCGCCUGUCUCGCAGCCGCGCGGAUGGAGAGAGUCCGGGCGCGGGCGCGGCCCGGGCGGGUCCCCGCGGUCCCGAGCCCCCGGGCUCGGCGUCGUCCAGCAGCCAGGAGUCGCUUCGGCCCCCGGCGGCCGCCCCGGCGCUCGGAUCGCGACCGUCGCGCGUGGAAGCCCUGCGGCUGCGUCUCCGUGGCACCGCCGACGACAUGCUGGCGGUGCGGCUUCGGCGCCCGCUGUCGCCUGAGACCCGGCGGCGCCGGAGCAGCUGGCGCCGCCACACGGUGGUGGUGCAGAGCCCGCUGACCGACCUCAACUUCAACGAGUGGAAGGAGCUGGGCGGAGGGGGCGCCCCGGAGCCCGCGGGCGCUCGACCGCACAGUGACAACAAGGACUCUGGCCUCAGCAGCCUGGAGUCCACCAAGGCACGGGCUUCUUCCGCCGCCUCGCUGCCAUCGGGGGACCUAGGGGGCCUACAGGGCCUGCCCCCGCGCCGCUCGGCCGCCGCCCGUCUCCACCAGUGUCUGUGACACCCUGUCCGGUGGUCGGGUGGGGAGGAAGAGCAGUGCUGGUGCCGCGGGCUGGAGUUUGGUGGGAUAGGCAGGGGAGAGUCGAAGAGGAAGUCUUCAGAAGAGGGAAGGGGCUGCUGGGAUUCAUGUCCCUUGGAUAAAGGACCGAGUGGCCCUUUUCUGUGAAUCCACUUAGGGACCCUUGUUGACAGUGGAGUGUGGGUGGACCGCCCAAGUUUCAUACUGAAGGAAGGACAGAGCCGGAUUUUUGUGUCUGUCUUCUGGCCUCCUCUCACCCCCAUUAGCUCCUAGCCAAGGAGAGGAGGGUGAAUGUCUGGGGAGCGGAUGUGUAGGGUUGGGUGUCCAUGGGAGAGGGGGCUAGUGUGUGAGUGUGUGUAGUCACUGUGCAAAGGUGUUUCCAGUAGCAACUUCUGCCCCCACCCGUUCAUUCCCCCACCUGUCCCGAGGCCAGGACUUCUGGUGGGCACCUUAUCCCCAAGCUUGUCAGAGCCUGAGACUGGGUUGAGGCCCCUUCCAGAGGCAGGACUGAACCCCGCCACUACCAAGUCACUCCUCACACCCUUUGCCAACCCCUGAAGUCACUAAGCUCUGACCUGUGGACCUGCCUGCUCCCCAGUCUUUGCAGUGUCAGGGUCCCCUGCAGCUGGCGCCUUCCUCCAUUCACCCUCCUCCCACAGCUUAGCACGAGACUCACCUUCUCCCUUCAAGGGAACAGUCAAGAAAAACGCAUUGAUUUAGAGGGUCUCAGCUGGGCUGUUCUUGCAGGGUGGGUGGGACCCAGCUCCCCUACCCCCACAUUGUAAAUAAACCUUGGAGCACUCUCCUAACACCCCCCCCCUCUGCCCUCACUCAUUCCAGGGAAGCCCUGUGGUGUUGCCAGCCCUGCAGCCCAAGUCUGUCAGUCUCCUUGGUUUCUGCAACGAUUUGCUGUAAAGUCUCUUUCCCCCUCUCCCUUUACUGUAAAUAUUGUCUCUAAUGUGUAACAUAUUAUAAAGAAUUUAUAAGGAUUUUUAAAGAUGUUUUGCUCAUUUUAAGAAGUGUUGUAACAGUGUUGGAUAAAGCUCCCACAGAUGUCUGCAUGGCUCCUCUCACUGUGUCCCUGACACACCACCUCUCUAGGCGAUAACUAAGAUCCCUGCUUCUGAAAGUCCUGUCUUAAAAGUACAGUCUAUAUCUUGGAAAUAAAUGGCCUUUCUCAGGCAUGA